AAAGAGAAGAAACUGACCCAAAUUUUUUUCUGGGGUAGAAAUAUGACACCAGCUCACUCUGAGCCUGGGCUCUUUUCUCAAACGACUCCGUCUUUGCUUUGCACAUUAACACCAAAUAUCAAGCGCUUGAAACAAUACAUCUGGCCUUUUAACACGUGGAUUUCGUGCAGCAGCAGUCCCUGAGAAUUCCCCAAAACAGCAAACCGGCUAGUGUUUUAUAUAAAGAAAACGGAACAGACACUUGGAACCCGUUUUUUUUUUGUGGUGUUUUUCCUGUGCAUCUGCUUUCUGUGCAGUACAUAUUGGGAAUAGCGUGUUUUCGUGUUAUCUCAAGUUUGGAGUUAAGAGUUUUCAGACUGAUGUAAGGACUGCGUCAACAUCCGCAAAACUCCUCGUCUUUGUGUGCAUCCUUCCCUCAGGAUCUCAGCAAAGGCUCUUUUUUCUGUGGAUAAUGUGAAUGGCCGUCUGCUUUGUUGAGGGUUGAUGUUUUUGCAAUAAGAAACGAUGGCACGUUUAGUAGUAAAAAUGUGUCUUUGCGCACUUUUCUUUGGACUUUUGCUGUUCACGCUUCCAUCUGCAAGAGCCGAGGAUGAUGUGGAGGAGGAGAGAUCAUGUCAGGGCGCCUUUGACUUGUAUUUUGUCCUUGACAAGUCAGGAAGUGUCAAACACCACUGGCAUGAAAUCUACACUUUUGUCGAACAUUUGGCUGAGAAGUUCACCAGCCCUAUGCUGCGGAUGUCCUUCAUCGUGUUCUCAACCAGAGGAAACACAAUCAUGAGACUCACUGAAAACAGGGAGACCAUAAGAAAAGGCCUGAAUGCUCUGAGACGAGAGAUCCCAGGUGGAGAUACAUUUAUGCAUCUUGGUCUAGAAAAGGCAAAUGAACAAAUACACCAGGAAAACUUUGGAACUGCAAGUGUCAUAAUUGCAUUGACGGACGGUGAGCUUCAAGAACAUCAGCUGACAGCAGCUCAACAAGAGGCGGCACGAGCUCGGGCAUUGGGUGCAAUCGUGUAUUGUGUUGGAGUUAAGGACUUUAAUGAAACGCAGCUGGCUACCAUAGCGGACACCAGUAAGCACGUGUUUCCCGUCUUGGGAGGAUUCCAGGCGCUGAGAGGAAUGAUUGACUCGAUCAUCAAAAAAUCUUGCAUCGAGAUAUUGGCAGCAGAGCCAUCCAGUGUUUGUGCAGGAGAGUCAUUUCAAGUGGUGGUGAGAGGGAAUGGAUUUCGACAUGCCAGAAACAUAGACCAGGUCCUGUGCAGCUUCAAAAUCAACGACACAGUCACGCUCAACGAGAAGCCUGCGAGCGUUGAGGACACGUUCCUGCUGUGCCCCGCGCCUGUUAUAGAUGAAGUUGGAAAGGUGGUGUACCUGCAAGUCAGCAUGAACGAGGGUCUGUCGUUUAUCACCAGCUCCGUUCACAUAACCACAACCGAGUGUUUUGACGGCACCAUCCUCCUGAUCACCCUGCUGGUGUUGUUUCUGCUAUUGGCUCUGUUGUUCAUGUGGUGGUUCUGGCCGCUUUGCUGCACCGUAGUGAUCAAGGAACCUCCACCUCCUCCACCUCCAGAGACAGAGUCAGAUGAUGAGGAUGGGAUGCCAAAGAAGAAAUGGCCCACAGUGGAUGCAUCGUAUUACGGCGGUCGGGGAGUUGGAGGAAUUAAACGAAUGGAGGUUCGCUGGGGAGGGAAGGGCUCUACUGAAGAGGGAGCAAAGCUGGAAAAACCCAAAAACGCUGUCAUAAAGAUGCCCGAGCAGGAGUUCGAACCCUUUGAACCCAAGCCCAAAAAAACAAACAGGAAGCCAGUUCAAGACAGGAAGUGGUAUUCUCCCAUUAGGGGUAAAAUCGAUGCGAUCCUGGCUCUUUUCCGACGUGGAUAUGAUCAAGUUUCACUUAUGAGGCCACAACCAGGAGAUCAUGGUCGAUGUAUCAACUUUACACGAGUCAAAGAGGAGGCGGCAGCAGCGGCGGCAGCAGCCAAAGCUCCUCCACGAGCUCAAAGCCCACCUCCACCUCCACCAGACUACCAGGCCGUUCCCAGCCCCAUCACCUCCCCUCCAAACAGCCCGCCUCCGAGAGGNCCGCCACUGCCCCAGCCUCCGCCGGGACCCCCGCCCGCCCGCGUCCCGCCAGGACCACCCUGUCCCCCUCCGUUACGCGCCCCGCCGAGCCUCGCCGGCAGACCAUAAGAAAAAGAUCCAGCCUCCACAUCCAGUGCAAUUCAUCCGGACAGCCAAACUAAAUGCUCCUCUCACCAAAAAAUGCACGCGGUGUUUAUCGGUCAGAUUCGAUUAGGAUGUGGUGUGUAGUUUGUUGCUGGACAGCAAAAAAAAAAGUAAGAAAUAACUGUUGUGACAAAAAUUCAACUACUGAGUUUUCCAUACGCAGAUUAAGAGAGACCGUUUUCAGCUUUGUGCUCUUUUUUUAUUGAGGCUGGACA